CGGUAUACAAAGCGCGCGCUGAGGGUUUGUUUUUUGAAGUUAAGUUGUAGUGAUAGUGUGUAGCAAGUCGGUGAUAUAUCGAUGAACUUCAUACUUUUAUAGAACAGUAACAGUUAGGCCUAAGGCUUAGGGUUGAUUGUUGUUGACAUGCUUAUUCGACGCUGAUCAUCAUGGACAUCGAAGAAGAAAGGAUGUUAGAUGAGGUGCACUCCAUUGCAACCCACGCCAAGUUAGAACUGAGCAACCUAGCAGGACAUCCACAAUGCAUCUACUUUGGGGAGGAGUUGAACCCGUCGUCUCUGCGGCUACUUGAGGUCGACAACACCAUUUUGAAUCAUGUGAUUGAAGGUCAAAGGCUUGUUAUCCGAGGAGACAAGACUGAUCACGCAGUCCUGUGCACGGACACCAAGACUUAUGAUCUCAAAGUUGCUGACACAUCUAAUACAUUACUCGUCCUCCAAGACUGUUUCACAAAAGACAACUUACCGUGUGGUGAAGACAGAUUACAUACAAAAAAAGUUACGGGUGUUUUGCAUUCCUACCUCGAAUUGCGCCCUCUGAGGCCGAGACUGAAGAAGCUCCACACGCUCCUUCAGGAGAACCCGUUCGCCGGAUCCCUUUAUGAGGAUGCUCCCGAACACUCUGGAAAGCGAUACACCAUGGACAUGCUUUUAGAUGCAGUGCAAGCCAGCGAAGGGGAGAUUAGAGAGGAGCUCAUGACGAUGAAGGCUUGUCUUAUCGAUGGCCAUUGGCGGGUCCUGGACUUUGACUACGAGUCACAGGUCUUGACUCACAUCCUUUCCUUGGUCCAAGAAAAUUCUUGGUCCUACGACGAAGUCCCCUUAGAAGAAACUCUGUCAACAUUGGAAAAUCUUGAACCGAGACCUAUUUUAGAACAUUGCUUGAAAUGUUAUGGAGAUCCAACAAGCAGAACAAAUGAUGAUGGUACUGAUGACAUUGUCUUCAGUUUAGAUCCAGACAAAAUCUGCAGAUUGUUUGCAGAAAUGCUCUUGAGACCUGCUGAUAAAUUCAAUCUGACCGAAUUUCUCGAAGUAUGGCAACAGAGUGUACCAGAAGGCAUGAUAACUACGGAACAACAGCUCAAGGGUCUCGCAUUGAUUGAUAGAUCCUGUUCCCCUCCUGUUACGUGGCACUUCCCGCUAUCAGAACUCCCAGAGACUGAACGAGAAAGGUUUGAUGUCUUGUUCAAAACGAAGGAGAAGUGGACGCUAGAUGAGAUUACUGCAUACAUUGAAGAUCUAGCAUCGGAGAAGUUAUCUGUUGGUGUACUACUCCAGAGAAACUGCCGGACAUCAGUCAACGCAGCAGGAAUCAGACUGUACAAUUCCAAAAGGCCUAUCAAGUGAUUUAAGAGACACUCAACCCUCCAUGGUCCUUGCAAAUUCAAAACUUCUGGGGUGUGUUUACCCAUCAUUAACUGGUGUUGGCCACCAACUAAAGCUGUCUGUGUUUCACCUACAUGUACUGCCUCCUGUGGCGAAGGCAUUAGGCCAAAGUCCCCGGCCUGGCUAUGUUCGAAACUAGGCAUGUCUUUGAUUGGAUAGAGUGAUGGGCUGAGCUUCCAAGAUACAGCUGCUAGUACAUGUAUAUGACAGGUAUUUCCACUGCUUUUCAUGUCAUGGAUCACCAAAUGAUAAUCCUUUUUCACAAGACGUGAUUAAACAAAGAAGACCAACAAAAAAAGUGCCUAACAUUACCCACAUUAACCCAAGUGACAUGACAGUGUGGACAAGAGCCAUCAAGUCGAUGAUCUGUCCAAUCCCACAAAGUGGGAAGAACAGUUUCAUGGUGAUGGUGAUGAUGAUGGUGACGAUGAUGAUAGUGAUGAUGGCGGUGAUG